AUGAAUUCCGCUGCUAUUGCCUUGUUAAAGACGAUUGUGAAUGGCCACAAGGCCUCAUUUUAUGGGAGAUUUAGACACUUCCUGGACAUCAUUGAUCCCCGCACCCUGUUUGUCACGAAGAGUCGUCUCAAGGAAGCAGUGCAGUUACUGGAAGAUUACAAACAUGGAUCUCUGCCACCAGGAACCACCAACCAAGAGCUUUGGAGAGCGCAGAAGAUAAAACAGGCCAUCAUCCACCCGGACACGAACGAGACCAUUUUCAUGCCUUUCCGAAUGUCAGGUUACAUUCCUUUUGGAACUCCUAUUGUGGUCGGCCUUCUGCUGCCAAAUCAGACCCUGGCGUCCACCCUCUUCUGGCAGUGGUUGAAUCAGAGCCACAAUGCCUGUGUCAACUAUGCAAACCGAAACGCAACAAAGCCGUCGCCGACCUCCAAGUUCAUCCAGGGCUACCUGGGAGCAGUCGUCAGUGCUGUCUCGAUAGCGGUGGGCCUCAACGUUCUGAUCCAGCGAGCAAACCAGUUUAGCCCAGCCACCCGGCUCCUGAUCCAGAGAUUUGUGCCAUUCCCUGCUGUAGCAAGCGCCAACAUUUGCAACGUGGUCCUGAUGAGGCACACAGAACUGGAAGAAGGGAUUGACGUCCUGGACGGGGAGGGGAACGUGGUUGGAUCUUCCAGGAUCGCUGCCAGACAUGCCCUCCUGGAGACGGCGCUCACCAGAGUGGUUCUGCCGAUGCCGAUCCUGGUUCUGCCUCCCAUCAUCAUGUCUCUCCUGGAAAAAACGGCUUUUCUGCGGUCCCGACCUCGGAUGCUUCUUCCCGUCCAAAGCCUUGUGUGCCUUGCGGCCUUCGGCCUCGCCCUUCCCUUGGCCAUCAGCCUCUUCCCGCAGAUGUCUGAGAUUGAGACUGUCCGCUUGGAACCAGAGAUCGCCCAGGCCACCACCAGCCUGACCGUCAUCUACAACAAAGGGUUGUAAGUGGAAGUGGCGCCCUUGGCACGGAAGACGGCGGCGGCGGCACGGAGAGGCGUGAAAGGAGGAGGGGAGCCGGAGCGCCACGCGGGGGGAGGGAGGUGGGGGGAGGAUGUGGAAUACAAUAGGAAGGAGGAGAAGAUGACAAAGCUGCGGCUUGUAACAUCUUCCCACCAUCAAGAACUGAGUGUAAAUUAACACUUUCUGAGACCCGGCAUCUCACGUUGGUCGAAAAGAUUAAUAUUUAAAGUUUUCAAUUAGCAACAGUAACAGCACAAAGAAAAGAGAGGGUGGGAGGCAGGGAACUUGUGGGGCCUGGUGGCACGUCUGUCAGCUGGCACUUCCUCCAGCUCUGCUGAGCUCUGGGCCAGCCUGGCGCCCUCCGGGUGCGUUGGGAUGCCACUCUCGGGGUCCCCAGGCACCAAAGGCCACGCUGGGAGCUGUGUUCCCAGAGCAUCGGGGGGGAUCAGCAGAGCAGCUGCACAUUGUGGGUAGAGGGACCCCCCCUUUCCUGCUGAAGGGCUGAGCCACAGCUGUUCUGAGCUGCGUGGAAAUAAUCUCUUGCGUGUGAAGCAGAAGAGGCAGGUACGGCCUGUCAGUCCCUGAACCGUGUUGAUUCAGCACGGAGCUUCCCCGCUUGCCCUGCACAGAAUCCACACUAGAGCCGUGGUGGCCGCAGUGAGUCCAAGCCCAUCGCAGUGACGGCCCCCUUGGCCUCCCUGGCCCCAGACCAGCAUUCCACUGAAUUUCUCCCUGGGGAGCGCGGGCACAGGCCGCCUUCUCCGACUCUCAUCUGGUUUGACAUUGAACACGUGGACUUGUCGGAAGGGCUGCUGGGGGUCGUCCUUUCUGUGCUGGGGGCAGGGUUUUUUGCUUGCAGUCUCUCAGGGUGGAGAACAGGAACUCCUGCAGCAGCGUUUUCCACGGGCCCUUCAAACAGAGGGCAGCAGGACCUCUUUUUCUUGGGCCAGCCUUGGGACCGAUGCCCUGGGCAGGGCUCUUCCCUCCUCUUCCCACUGCCUCCCUCCCCCACCCCGGGCACAUCAUGGGGCAGGAGCGUAAGCAGGUGGGGAGGCAGCAGGGGCAGAGCCUCGGCCGCACCGGGGGCCAGAAUGUGGGGAAGCAGCAAUCACAGGCCUAGAGCCUAGAGGUUGGAGGGCUGAAAGAAGUCUGUUUUGCCCCACAGGAAAUGGGUGACCUGUUCAUCUCCCACCCGAUCCCUUAGUUUGCACCCUGAAGGGUGCAAAUACCAGGACUGGCUCCCGUUGAAGGGCCAAGGGGCCACACCACUGCCCCUGCGCAUCGCCCUCCCUGCCAGGCCUGCAGAAGGAGGGGACAGUCCUCAGCACGCAGUGCUCACUCCAGCCCCGGGAAGAGGAGUCCUUCCAGAGGCGCUUCUCCGACCCCUUUUUUCUGGGGAGAAGCCGAGCUUUGCCUGUUCCUGUAACACCUCAGAGGACUGACCAACUCUUCCUGCCUUGGACCUUUUUGGCUGCGGGUUUCAUUGGGCACUUUGUGUGCCAGGCCCAGUGCACAAGUGAGGGAGGGAAGGAAGGAAGGAAGGAGAGAAAGGGAGAGGGACGGAGGGAGGGAAGGAAGGAACGAAGGGAGGGCAGGCUUUCACAGCCAACUGCCACAGGAAGUGCAAGUUCAGCUCACACAGCAUGGUUAAUCAGAUAAUUUGCAGGCUCAGUGGCUGCGUCUUGCACCACUCAUUAGUUUUAACCUUCAUUAGUUUUAGUUGCUCUUGUUUUGGCUGGUGUGUUGUGGGAACUCAGGUAAUGAGACUGAAUUUCAGGCCAGUGUAUUGUGCCAACCGCAAACGUGGCUGGUUCAGGCCUUGGGAGAAUGCAGCCUUUGCCUCGCGAGCACUGAGGUGGUGCUCCCGGCAGAGCGGAUGGGCGGCCACCCUCACUGGCAGAGCAGGCACCUUCUGGGCAGGUUCCCAGCCAGUCCCAGUCCCAGCCCCUCUGGGCACCCAACCCGAGUGCUGCAGCCCACAACUGGUGUUGCAUUCACCGGACCCCUGCCAGGUUAGUCCCCUAAGUUUGGAGCUGUGUGAAAUUGGAUUUUGUCUUCCCAAGUUAUUUUGGGCCAGUGGAGCACAGCCAAGCCUCUCGGGGGUUACGGGGAGCGGCCCGCUGACCCUCACCUAAUCAGAGUGGUCGGUUUGGAAAGUACCACGAAGAUCAUCCUGUCCGAGCCCCCGCAGCAUGCAGGAGCCCCCUUCUAGAAGCAAGCGCUCUGCCACAGUGCUUCUCACGAGCAGGGCUUCUGCGGCUCUGCUGCCGGGGCCGUGCAUCUCCCGCUGGAGGGCCCAGCCUGCCGUGCCUGCCGUCGCAGAGCUGGGGCUGAAGGCAGCAAACGUCUCCUCUCCUGGGGGAUGCAGCCCUUUCCACCCCGGCCGGGGGACCUGUUUGGGUUGUGAAAUCCAAGCCCACCGGGCUGCGCUCUCUCACCCAGCGGGUUGAUCCGAGCGGAUUGCUUGACCGCCACUGGAGGAUUCCAGGGGUGCUUGCAGCCAGGCAGACCCGAACCGCCCCUCACUCCAAAGGCUCCUUCCUGCCUUCCCAGGGAGAGGCGCGAAGGGCCCAGGCCGUGCGGGUGACACGCGGCUGGGAGUCUUCUGUCCGCCUGUGUUCCUCCCUCACUGCUGAGAGCUGAGCUCUCCAAGAACAGUCAAGAGCUGCCAUGCACGGGGGCAGCAAGUGGAGCCCUCGCAACACGUUUGCCUAAUAGCUAAUUAAUUUUGCCGUCUCUCCUAAUGUACAAAAGGAGCUUCAGAUCUGCAGGAGCAACGGCGGCAUUUGCAUUCGUCAUUUCCCAUAAUUGGGAAGACGAGGGAGAAGGGGUGGCACGUUGGCUGCUGCUCACCUCAGCAGCUAAUAAUAAUGAGAUGAUCAUCUCUUGUAGCUUUUAAUUAGGAACUGAGCAGUUAAUUGAUUUGUUGGGUAUGUUAAUUAAGGAAUAAUGAGGGCUGCAACGAAGCAGAGAGGCAGCCGAGACUGCCCCCUUCCAGAGCAGACGGUGGAGCUGGCAAGGGUCGCAGGGUCCCAAGGAAGUCCAAGAUUGGUGCUGCAGUGAACCGGAUCUCCACUCCUUGGGGAGAACUGGGGCCAGGGAGGCCGCCCUCUCCUGUUGCCCUCCAGCCCUUUAAGUGGGAGCUUGUGAGGCCAGGAGAUUGGCCUCCCCACUCCUGCCCUUUCUUGACUCCCCUAGACGCCCUCUUGGGAUGGGACAGGCUCCUCCAGGUGUCCCGCUCCACUCUGCCCCUCUUUGCCCCGCCUCGGCAUCUUGGCCAGCUGCAUCCGCAUGGGCCAUGCUCCACAGCCAGUCCCCUGGCGAAGAGGCUUGUCCCGUGCGAGCACAGCUGGGCCCAGAGAGCAACUGGAGGGAGUUGCUGGCCAGCUGUUGCACUGGCGGAACAUGCUUCUGAGGAAGGGCUGGUCUGCCACAGGCUUGUCAUGCCAUACAACCCCAUUGGCCUGGGGGAAGCCACACAGCGAUAGGCCCAGGUGAUUCACCUCCCACCUGGGCAGAGUCCGGACACACGUCCAUCCUGGACUCUGCGGGGAAUGCUCUUAACUGGCUUAAGUCAGGGGUUCUCAAGCAGUGGGUCACGAUCCCCAGGGCAUCAUGAGGUGGGGGCCAAAACUUAUGUGGGGCUUUGCUGUCCACUUGGCCUGGACCGCGGCUACAGGCAGUUCUGCUUGUGCAAAGUUUGAGAACUCCUGGAAUGCAGGAAUUAAAAUGUAAUUAGUAAGAGUUAUGUUCAUUUCUUGCCAACUCUAACCCCAGUGAAAUCGUUAGCCUAAUUUCUGUGGGGUCACACAAAUUCAUUUACCAUUCUAAGGGGGGGUCUUACUAAGAGACCCUGACUCUGCUUUUGAGCAGCCCAGCAGUUGCUCAGCCCCUGAAAGACUUUGCUGUAGCUUUGUAUUCUGAAAGGCGACCUGGCGGGCAGCAGAGCAGAGCGGAGAACGCACAAGGGAGGGAGGCUCCUUGCUGGCUCUUGCCUCCCUUCCUGGGGGAGAUCCCUCGUUCUGCCAGGUGCUGCAAAGAUGCCUUGUGUCCUUCUGCCUGAAAUGGGACGUGAACUGCAGCUCUGUUUGAAACCAUCCUGCCCCAGGUGCCUUGCUGCUUUCGGGGCCGUGUACCCAACUUCCACGUGGGAGGGAAUGAUUCCCCGAAGUCUGCCAGAAAAGUCUUGACUCCUGCAGAGUUCUGGGCUGGACUCUCAUGUUCCACUGUGCCCGCUGCCCACAAAGCCCUCCUUGAUUCCCAGACCUCCUCCUGCAGGAAACAGUGGUGCCAUCUUCCAGGCAACCCUGUUCUCCAGUGUGCACAAGGAUAAGUGAUGUUUGGGCCAGUGUGGCCUUUGAAGGACCUCAGGGAGUGGCUGCAGUACCAGGGCGGCUGGUAUGACUGGUCAAAAAGCUGACCAGCUGGCUUCUGUCCUGGCUGGGCACCAGCCGAUGGCUUGGCUGUCUUAGGCAGGGGACCGUGACAGCAGCAGCUGGGUCUAGGGCCUGGGCUCCCUUGUCUGGUCUCCUGUGACCCCUCAACAUCCGCACUGAUUUCACUGCGCCUUAUUGCUGUCUUGAGCCACAGAAUUGUAAUUCAGUGGAGAUCGAGGGGGAAGUGCUCCUCGGGACCAUGUUUUGUCUUCCAACAACCUCACUUUCUGAGUGCAGAUACCUCUGUCUAGGUUAGUCAACUUUGAAAUGCUCAGUGUCUUUUUUAACUUCCUCAGUAGAUUUAUUGAUCAUGACACUUUAUGUAACACUUCUAAAUGUCUAGAAUAAAAGUCAGCGCUCCUAAAACUGC